UGGCAGUCUAGUACACAGACGAAAUGUUGGAAUGUUGUUUCUAAUUAGUUCAAAUGUUUCCGCAUAAACACUUCUCAUAUUUUUUUUACUAAUAAAUAUAUGGAAAUUAAGUCGAACCUCGUGACGGCAGCAUUAUUGAGUCACAUGACAGGCGAGUCUCCGACGGAUCUUAUAUCGUUACACGUCUAAUAAUCAUGCCAACAACACAACAAUCUCCCCUGGAUGAACAAGAGAAACUUCUUGAUGAAGCUGUGCAGGCUGUCAAGGUCCAAUCUUUCCAGAUGAAGCGGUGUCUGGACAAGAACAAGCUGAUGGAUGCUUUGAAACAUGCUUCUAACAUGCUGGGUGAACUGAGGACCUCCAUGCUUUCUCCAAAAAGCUACUAUGAACUCUACAUGGCCAUUUCUGAUGAACUCCACUACCUAGAAGUUUAUCUGACUGAUGAGUUUGCCAAAGGACGCAAGGUGUCUGAUCUGUAUGAACUGGUUCAGUAUGCAGGGAACAUCAUCCCCAGGCUCUAUCUGCUCAUCACAGUGGGUGUCGUGUAUGUCCGGUCCUUUCCCCAGUCUCGUAAGGACAUUCUGAAAGACCUAGUUGAGAUGUGUCGAGGUGUUCAACACCCACUCAGAGGCCUCUUCCUCAGAAAUUACCUGUUGCAGUGCACCCGUAACAUACUGCCGGAUGAUGGAGAGCAGGCAGAGGGAUCAGAGGAAAUGACAGGAGAUAUCAAUGACUCCAUCGACUUCGUCCUCCUGAACUUUGCAGAAAUGAACAAACUGUGGGUUCGAAUGCAGCAUCAAGGUCACAGCCGGGACAGAGAGAAGAGAGAAAAGGAACGACAAGAACUUAGAAUCCUCGUGGGCACGAAUCUUGUUCGCCUCAGCCAGCUGGAAGGCGUCAACGUGGAAAAGUACAAACAGAUUGUUCUUCCUGGAGUGUUAGAGCAAGUUGUGAACUGCAGAGACUCAUUGGCUCAGGAGUAUUUAAUGGAGUGCAUCAUUCAGGUUUUUCCAGAUGAGUUCCACCUUCAAACACUGAACCCCUUUCUUCGUUCCUGUGCUGAGCUUCAUCAACAUGUCAAUGUCAAGAACAUCAUUAUUGCGCUCAUUGACAGGCUGGCUCUCUUUGCUCAUCGAGAAGAUGGCCCUGGCAUCCCAACGGAGAUCAAACUAUUUGAUAUCUUUUCUCAGCAAGUGGCCACUGUUAUUCAAUCCCGUCAGGACAUGCCAUCAGAAGACGUGGUCUCUCUUCAAGUCUCUCUCAUCAAUUUGGCUAUGAAGUGCUACCCUGAGCGUGUUGACUAUGUAGACAAGGUCCUGGAUAGCACUGUGGAGAUAUUCAAUAAGCUAAACUUGGAACACAUUGCAACCAGCAGCGCUGUGUCAAAGGAACUCACCCGACUACUGAAGAUUCCAGUGGAUACUUACAACAACAUCCUGACCGUGCUGCAGCUCAAACACUUCCCACCUCUCUUUGAGUACUUUGAUUACGAGUCUCGCAAGAGCAUGAGUUGCUAUGUUUUGAGCAACACACUUGACUACAACACCACUAUUGUGGCACAGGAACAGGUGGACGCCAUCUUGAACUUGGUAUCCACACUGAUCCAAGAUCAGCCAGACCAACCGGCUGAUGAGGCUGACCCUGAGGACUUUGCUGAGGAACAGAGCCUUGUGGGUCGUUUCAUUCAUCUCCUCCACUCUGAAGAUCCAGAUCAACAGUACCUUAUUCUGAACACUGCUCGGAAGCACUUUGGCGCAGGUGGAAACCAAAGGAUUCGCUACACACUUCCUCCUCUUGUGUUUGCUGCUUACCAGCUGGCCUUCAGAUACAAGGACAACUCCUCACUGGAUGACAAAUGGGAGAAGAAGUGUCAGAAGAUCUUUUCCUUCGCUCACCAGACCAUCAGUGCUCUUAUAAAGGCAGAGCUUGCUGAGCUGCCUCUUCGACUCUUCCUGCAGGGAGCUUUGGCUGCAGGAGAGAUUGGCUUUGAAAACCAUGAGACUGUAGCGUAUGAGUUCAUGUCACAGGCUUUCUCUCUCUACGAGGAUGAGAUUAGUGACUCCAAAGCCCAGUUGGCAGCCAUCACGCUGAUAAUUGGUACCUUUGAGCGGAUGCGUUGUUUUAGUGAGGAGAAUCACGAGCCACUGAGGACUCAGUGUGCACUGGCAGCCUCCAAGCUCCUGAAGAAACCUGACCAGUGUCGCGCUGUCAGUAUCUGCGCUCAUCUCUUCUGGUCAGGCCGUAGCACUGACAAAAGUGGUGAAGAGAUUCGUGAUGGUAAGAGGGUGAUGGAGUGUCUUAAAAAAGCCCUGAAGAUUGCCAACCAGUGCAUGGACCCAUCGCUGCAAGUGCAGCUUUUCAUUGAGAUUCUCAACAGAUACGUUUGCUUCUAUGAGAGAGAAAACGAUGCGGUAGGAGCAAACAAUUACGUUCAAUAUCAGACAAAGGUAACUGUGCAGGUACUAAAUCAGCUAAUCCAAAAAAUCAGGGAAGAUCUUCCCAACCUUGAGGCAAGUGAGGAAACCGAGCAGAUCAACAAACAUUUCCACAACACACUGGAGCAUCUCCGCCUGCAGAGAGAGUCUCCUGAAUCUGAGGGUCCUGCCUAUGAAGGCUUGGUUAUUUAAAACUAUUGCAGGUUGGAUUUAUCUUUCACUCUGUGUCAGUAAGAAUGCUUUCAAGUACACAAAACCAUUGUCUGUGCAAGGAAUUAAAGAAAUGCCUAAAAAACUAAACUAACCAUUUGUUUAUUAGAAUCAAAUUUUCUUCCUCACUGUCUCUCACUGGUAGAAUUCUUUGCUGUAAAGUUGGAGAUGCUAUACUAAAGUGGUUAUCACAACUCAUACUGUAGCUUCAGUGUUGUAGAAAUCCUUCCUUAAUGUGAUAAUUUUGUCUUGCAUCUGUGUGUGUGUGUGUGUGUGGGGGGGGUACUAGUUGUCACUGGUGUAUCCGAAUUUUCCCUGCAUGUUUAAAUUUUUCUUUCAACAUUGGAAAAUUAUUGUAUUAGCAAAAUGAAAACAACUGUGUCAUCACAGCUACAUAUUACACCAGUGACUCCAAGCUAGUUUCUGGAUUUGAUCAGUCAUGGUUUUGUAGCACCACACUGAAGAUUUGAUAAAUCCUUUGGACCAUGUACUUUUAUCUUACUGGAUUUGUGUCAAAUUACUGCAUAUUGGCAAAGGCAUAUGUAAACAUUCAUAUUUCACCAAAAUAUCCCUUCUUCUCUUGCUUCAGUAGUACAACAUUUAAUUAUAUCAGAGUUGUCCUAAUAUUAAUGACCUUAUGUCUUGACUUUCCUACAAUUGGCACAUUUGGAAAUGCUUUGUAUGCGUUAUUGUGCAUGUAUCUCUGAGUCUAUACCUAUUUCAAAAUUCGAAUAAUUAGUGGAUCGCUGUUUCUUGUUGACCCUGUCCUUUGGGAUUCAUCAAAUGUACACUAGUUGACAAGAUACAGUAGUUAUAUUCGUACAUAAUAAUGUUUGUGUAUAGAUUUUCAAACUACACUAAAUAUUAACAUCUAACAAUCUGAUUUCUCUUAAUGAUGCCAUGUUGAUUUGUUUAAUUCACCAAUUUCACUUGUUUUAAAAAAUCCUGUGCUAACCCACUUAUGAAUCAAAUAGAACACAUAAAAUUGUAAUGAUUGUUGUCAUUUGUUGAAAUAAAUUGAAAUUAACAAGA